CAGUGGGCUCUUGGGUCCAGCCUGCGGGUGGCAGACUGAAGCUGUGAAUAUGAGUGAUGAUAAACCAUUUCUCUGCACUGCUCCUGGCUGCGGACAGCGAUUCACAAAUGAAGACCACCUGGCUGUGCAUAAACACAAGCAUGAGAUGACCCUGAGGUUUGGACCAGCACGCAAUGACACUGCCAUUAUCGCUGACCAGACACCAACACCAACUCGCUUCCUGAAGAACUGUGAGGAGGUCGGGCUGUUUAACGAGCUCACCAGCCCGUUUGAGCAUGACUUUAAAAAGGCCACUGAGGAUGACAUUAAAAAGUUGCCCCUGGACUUGUCUCCUCUUGCGACUCCUGUUGUUCGAAACAAAAUAGAGGAGCGCACAUCCAUUGAGUCUCACAGAGACAGUCCUCUUCCCCACCCUGAGUCUACAACCACUGAUGACAAGGAGGUUUCUUUGCAGCCGACCUCUCUGCCUCCAUCCACUAUAGUCCGUCCUGCCUCCCAAGUUCCCAAUGUACUUCUUGCCAGCUCUGAUGCUGGUGUUGUUAUUCAGCAAGCUCCUCUCGCAUCUCCAACAACAUCUAGCUCUGUUAUAACCCAGGUCCCGUCCUCUAAUAGACCGAUAGUUCCAGUGUCAGGCACAUUUCCGGUUCUUCUGCAGCUGCCUAACGGUCAGACCAUGCCAGUUGCUAUCCCAGCCACCAUCGCCAGCUCCAGCAUACACAUACCCACUGCCAUUCCUCUGGUCCGACCGGUCACCGUUGUGCCUUGUGUCCCUGGGAUCCCUGGCCCCCCCUCUCCUCAGUCUGUCCAAUCUGCAGCUAAGAUGAAGCUGAAGGCAACCCUCAGUCAACAGCUUCCUCAGGUAACCAAUGGCGAUGCAGGUGACAUCCAGAGCAGCUCUGCCAGCCAAACCCCACCCCCAGCCCCACCUCCAGCUGAGGAGCCACGCCUAAAAUCACUACAGCAACCAGCUACAUCCACUACAGAAACUCCUGUGUCUCCAGCCCAGCACACGACCAGCACAGGUGGGCGGCGGCGGAGAACGACCAGUGAGGACCCAGAUGAAAAAAGACGAAAGUUUCUGGAAAGAAACAGAGCGGCUGCGUCCCGCUGCAGGCAAAAGAGGAAAGUCUGGGUGCAAGGGCUGGAGAAAAAAGCUGAAGACUUGAGCACCAUGAACGGACAGCUACAGAAUGAGGUGACUCUUCUGCGUAGUGAGGUGGCCCAGCUAAAACAGCUAUUACUGGCUCAUAAGGACUGUCCUGUGACGCUGCUGCAGAAGAAAUCAGGAUACCACCAGUUAGAUAAGGAGGACAGCUGUGGAGAGAUGUCCAUUCCCAGCAGCCCACAGAACGAGGCCAUCCAGCACAGCUCUAUCAGCACAUCCAACGGCGUCAGCUCAACCACAGCAAUCACAGCGGAUCUCACAUCCGGCCCCUCUCAGGGACCCACUGCAGACCACAGCACAGAAGAGGAGUUGUCGUCACAAGAGGGCAGGGCUUCUGCCACUCAUGCACAGUCUUCAGGAAGCUGAUCAGACCUCUGAAUGGUCACUUUGAUUCCUGGUAGCCAUGUUGAAAUAAGGGGAUAGGAAAAGUUCCUUGGAGAACAUUCCUGUCUGUUUCCCUCUCAGAUAUCAUUUGAGCUGUUUUCAAUCCAAUGCAUUUCCACUAAGAGUGAGUACAGGAGUUGAGGAAGGCAUUUGGGGGGUCAUGAAGAAAUUAAACUGAUUGAUUGUGUUUUUUAGUAUGUGGUGUAUUUGUUACCU